GUAUUGCUUUCUUUUUUGCUGUUUACUUUACGCUGAGAUGGUUCUUAAAGCUUGGAAGGUGCUGGAGAGGGGCAAGGGAAGAUCGCCUGAAGGAAGUCUGAGCAGUGGAUUUUAUUAUUAUUUUUUUUUUAAAUGUGAUUUUUCCCUGUAGAUGUUAAUUUAAUUACAGUUAAAUUAUGCUUGGAGCUGUAGCAGACUGGCCAGCAGAUUGAUUUUCUCCUCCCUCCCUAGCAAGUAUAAAUUCAGUGUGCAAAGCUUGCAGUCCGUCAGUUGCUCCGGUAGUGAACUAAACUGUUUGUAAUGUGAAAUUCGCUCACACGGAUGGAAGAUGUCAGGGGUUGUAACUUUUCAUUGGAUGCCAUAGAGCUUAAUUUUACACAUUUUUGUAAAGGAAGUGUUAAGAUGGCAGAAUAACCAUGGGAGACUGGAAUUUCCUUGGAGGCAUUUUAGAGGAGGUCCACAUUCAUUCCACCAUUAUUGGGAAGAUUUGGCUCACUAUCCUCUUUGUCUUUCGAAUGCUUGUCCUCGGAGUGGCAACUGAGGACGUCUGGAAUGACGAACAGUCAGAAUUUAUCUGCAACACUGAGCAACCCGGCUGUAGAAACGUGUGCUACGAUGAGGCCUUCCCUAUCUCCCUCAUAAGGUACUGGGUCUUGCAGGUUAUCUUUGUGUCUUCCCCUUCUUUGGUGUAUAUGGGUCAUGCCUUAUACAGACUAAGAGCCUUAGAGAAAGAGAGACAAAAGAAGAAAGCUCAGGUAAGAGUGGAGCUUGAAAGCACUGAAUUGGAAAUGACCGAAUAUCGGAAAAGGCUGGAGAGAGAACUCCGGCAACUGGAUCAAAGGAAGCUGAACAAAGCACCCCUGCGAGGCUCUUUGCUCUGCACUUAUGUGAUACAUAUUUUCACGAGGUCUGCAGUGGAAGUCGGUUUUAUGAUUGGGCAAUAUCUGCUUUAUGGGUUUCGGCUGGAUCCCCUUUACAAAUGUCAGAGAGAGCCAUGUCCAAACGUCGUUGACUGCUUUGUAUCAAGACCGACAGAAAAGACGGUGUUCAUAUUAUUCAUGCAGUCGAUAGCGACUGUGUCUUUGGUUUUAAAUGUCUUAGAAAUUAUCCACCUAGGAUUACGAAAAAUUAAAAUGGGGCUUUGUGGGCAGGAGGAAAACAAGGGUGGCCAUGGCAAUUUCUACAUAAACAAAUCUAAGAAAUACUCAGUGAUACCUCGCUCUUCUUUGGGAAUACCUGCAACCCCUCCAAAAACUCUUCCUUCUGUACUUAGUGGUUAUGCAUUUUUAAUGGAAAAGCAAACCGACACUGCCAUCUACCCGGUUCUAAAUUCUCCUCCCAUGUUUCAGUCUAUUCAAAAUAACCAUACAGAAAGUAGCAGCAACUACACCCAUCACAAUCAGGAAAAUAAAUUGCCGAGGAAAAGGCCAGCUACAAGCUGCUUUGAAUGAUCAGAAUCAAAAUAUUAGCAUAAAUAAUGAGGCCUUGCCUAGCAGGCCUGAGACCGAAGCAAAUAAUUCUCAGAAAGAAGCUGAUCAGAAACAUUUCCUUGCUGGCACACAGAAUGCAGAUACAGCUCAGUGCUUG